AUGGAGCCAUGUCGCACGCCUGGCCCGCCUGGCCUGCGGCUCGUUCUCGUGACCUAUGAAUUUACCUACAGCCCCUUCAGUGGCAAUGGCAUCCUCGCGCGGUCCAUAGCCAAGGCGCUGUUAAGACUGGGCUGUCAAGUCACCGUGCUGUGCUGCCAGCCUUGCGAUGAACUUCAGGGUCAGAAUAGCCAUUUGACGACAGAGGAGCUCUCUGAGGUUCACAGCCUCACUGUCAUUCCACUGAAGCUUGCAAAGUCCGACGGCUGGUUUAAGCUGGAUGACCACUCAGCUUGGAGUCAAUUCGUCUUCGACCAGAUAGACGAAGAGGGGCAGUGCGCUCUGGAAAGAAGUUUAAAUGCCGCCGAUGCGGUCGUGGCCGUCGACUGGACCGGAGCUCAUGCAUGUCAGUCGCUCCCAAGCACCAGUGGCAAGCCUCUAGUCUACAUGAACUUUCGUGUGUACAGUUCUGGAGUGCUGGACGAGCGGCGAAGGCAAUGGUUUGACGAGAUGGAAAGACAGGCUCUGCAAAGGGCCUCUCUCAUCGUGGUUCUUUCUCAACUUGACAGAAUGAACCUCAUGAAGAUCUCUGAUUCUGCAGCAGGUAAGUUCGAGCUUCUUCUGCCACCAUUGAGAGGUGACAUGCAUGAGCUUGCCCACCAAGCACAGGAGGAGCUCGACUUGUUUCUGCCUGCUGAAGUCAAAGACGCUUGGCGUCCCGAGGGUUCAAAGAGGCAACGAUUUCUCGUCACCUGUGUUGCGCGCAUCUCGCCUGAGAAGAACGUUUUCCGGUUCUUGCGCUUCUUGCAGAUGGCGAAGGACACCCUACAUGAGCUCGGUCUUAUCCCACUGUUGGCUGGCUCCAGCUCUGACGAAUCUUAUGCUGCAGCAGUCAAGGCCGAAUUAAAACGCCUGGUGCCAGGUGCAAUUAUAGUUGACACCUUUCUCACUCCGAAGUCUUUGGCAGCUGUUUUUGGUCGAACGGCUCUGAACUUCCAUCCAUGUGCCUAUGACGCAUACGGCAUGACAAUUGUUGAAGCGGCAGCCUGUGCUGCACCGUCUGUGUUGGCCGGUGAAUCCGUGGGCGCCUGGGCACUUCUGGGCUCGCAUUCACUUUGUGUAGACAUGCCACCGGACGAGAACGAAUUGUCGGACGAGGCUGCGGCAGCAAUAACAAAUUUCCUGAGAGAUCCAGAGCAUGAACUGCUGGGUGCUUCAGCCCGAAGGGAGGCCUUGCGAUGGGAUGAGCAAGCAUACGGCACCCGGCUGCUGGAAUUCAUUUCAUCCCUUUCACAGUCUGACCACUGA